CCAAGCAGUAGUGACAACAGCAGCUGAAGCUACAUCUCUAAAACCCUAAUAUAUAAUCUUCAAACCCACCAUCCUAACUUUUUUUUCCCCUCUCUCCUCCAUUUCUGCAAUUCCUUGAUCACCAUUUUCGUCAUCUGACCCACAUUUUCUCUCUCCUCUUAUCCGGAACCACUCGGAUCCUAAACUGAUCACUGAAGCUUCUUCAAUGGCGGACUCGGUUGAGAGGCUGAGUUCGCUCGGCGAGUCCGUCACUACUUCUUCUACUAAUCUCCGUAUUCGCAUUUUCCGUCUUGACAUUCCCGAUAUUCUCAGGAAUACAGAUAUGUCAAGUGAGGUUGCCCUUGUCCUUGUGGAUAUUAUUUUUAAAACAUUGUGUAUUUAUGAUGAUCUUCGAUCAAGAAAAGCUGUGGAUGAUGUUGUACUGAAGGCUUUGAGUGAGGUUGUGUUCAUGAAAACCUUUGCUGCUAGCCUUGUUCAGUUUAUGGAGAGGCUGCAGAAGUCUCAUUCAUACAUCGGAUCCUACAGGCUUCUUAAAUGGUCCUGUUUUCUUUUGAGUAGUAGUAAAUUUUCCUCCAUCUCAAAGAACGCUUUGUCCAGAGUAAUUGUGGCACAGGCAACACUGCUUCAUCUUGCUAUGAAAGGGUCUUUUCGUGAGAGAAGGGCUUCUAAGAGAUCGUUUUUUAGCUUAUUGUCUAAGUCCCAGGAUAUUUACAAAACUUACAUUGAAGAGGUGAAAGAUGCAAGGAUACCCUACAGAGAAUGUCCUGAUGUUAUUUGGUUAUUGAUAGAAUAUUCAAGGAAGAAACCUUCUUUCGGAGAAUACAAGCCAAUGUUCCUUGACCUGUAUGUGAAAGCUGUUCUAAGUGCAAGAGAGAAACCAGCAAAGGGACUUAGUGAAGCUUUUUGUCCGCUUUUUUGGUCUCUAACACAUGAAGAAUUCGAAAAUGUUGUUGUUCCUUCAUCUGUCAAAAUGUUGAAACGCAAUCCUGAGAUUGCUAUGGAAGCAGUCGAGGUUCUUUUGAAAACAGUGACCCUUGAUUUGAGUAAAUAUUCGAUGGAAUUCCUCUCAGUGGUGUUAACACAAGCUCGUCAUGCCGAUGAUGGGAGGAGGCGUGGUGCUUUGGUAAUCAUACAAUAUUUGAGUCAGAAAUCCAGUAAUCCAGAUGUUAUUGAUAUGAUGUUCAAAGCUGUCAAAUCUGUGAUUGGAGGCUCAGAGGGGAGACUCCAAUUUCCUUACCAAAGGGUUGGGAUGUUCAAUGCACUACAGGAAUUGUCCAAUGCUCCUGGAGGAAAAUUGUUGAACAACCUGUCAUCUUCAUUAUGCGGCUUUCUUUUGUCUUGUUACAAGGAUGAUGGAAAUGAAGAAGCAAAGCUUGCUAUCUUGUCAGCAUUAGCUUCUUGGUUAGCGCGAGGUGCAGAUUGUAGUCAACCAGCCAUAAUUUCUUUUUUCAGUUCAGGAUUGAAAGAGAAGGAAGGUCUAAGAAGAGGUCAUCUCAGAUGCCUAAGGGUUAUUUGCAAUAAUGCUGAUGUCACUAUACAGGUAUCAUCUUUGCUGGGACCUCUUAUCCAGAUAGUGAAAACAGGUUAUACCAAAUCGGUUCAACGUCUGGAUAGCAUCUACGCGUUACUGUUGGUUGCAAAGAUUGCAGCUGUUGAUAUGAAAGCAGAGGAGGCUGUUGCAAAGGAAAAGAUCUGGUCUUUAGUUGCUCAAAACGAGCCAUCAUUGGUUCCUCUUUCCAUGGUCCCGAAACUAUCAGGCGAAGAUUGUCUGGCUUGUGUUGAACUCUUUCAUGUGUUGAUCAUGGACCAUACAAAAAGGAUGUUGGAGUCUUUCUCUAUCCAGACAUUGUUUCAGUUAUUGUUUCAUCUAUUGUGCCAUCCGUCAUUGCAUAUUCGCAAAGCUGCUUAUGGAAGUACCAAAAAACUUGUUGAACUAGUUCCCCAGAUAGCAGAUGCACUUUUGAAAGAAUUUGCAGUUUUCCUUUCGGCUGUAGCAGAAGCUCGUCUUUUACAGACAAGCGAUACAGAAAAUGCAGUGGAAGCGUCUCUUUCUUCUCUUCCAUCUGUUGAGGUAAUGGUGAAGGCCUUGGUAAUUAUAUCUUCUGCAGCUGUUGCUGCUUCGCCGGAGACAUGCGGUCGCAUUAUAUUCUGUUCACAUCAUCCGGCCUUACUUGGCACUGGAAAGAGAGAUGGAAUAUGGCAGAGAACAUCCACAUGCUUGCGGACACAGGGUUUUGAUGUUCUGAGCAUUAUUGCUGAGGGAAUCACAAGCAUUUGUGAGGACCUUGUAGGAACAACAGGAUUGAUGAGUGGAAAUCCUCUUGAACAACUGGGAGCUGUUCAUGCCUUAUGUACACUAAUGACCUUAGCUCCAAGUGACACAUAUUUGGAGUUUGAAAAGUAUUUUCACAAUCUGCCUGGUCGCUACACACACAAUUCUCUUUCUCCAAAUGACAUUAAGAUUUUCAACACCCCAGAGGGUACUCUCUCAAGUGAGGUUGGUGUAUAUGUUGCUUCUAGGGACUCUGAAGAGCACGGAACCAAGGAACACGUGAACUCCAACCACUCUGCACGAAGAGACUUGUCCCGAAGAGAAGCUGCUGGGUCAGGCAAGAGAGACACUGGAAAAAUAGCAAAAAAAAGUGACAAAGGAAAGACUGGUAAAGAAGAGGCUCGUGAACUUAUCCUAAAGGAGGAGGCUGCUACAAGAAAGAUGGUCAAAGCCAUACAGAGGAACCUUUCUUUGGCUUUAAGGGCUCUUGGAGCAAUGGCCAACGCCAAUCCUAUAUUCGCGCACAGUCAACUUGUCUCAAUGGUAAAGUUUGUCAAUCCGCUUAUUCGAUCACCAAUAGUGGGGGAUGUUGCUUAUGAAACCUUGGUGAAGCUUUCUCAAUGUAUUGCUCCUCCACUCAAAAAUUGGGCCCUUGACAUUGCUACUGCUUUAAGACUAAUUGAGGUAGAGGAAAGCCACAUUGUAUUGGACCUAAUUUCAACAGUUGACGGGGAGGACUCGAAGGAAAGGCCGUCUCUCGGUCUUUUUAGUAGAGUAGUGAAUGGAUUAACAUUUUCAUGUAAAUAUGGACCUCUUCCAGUGGACACCUUUCUAUUUGUCUUCCCGAUUAUGGAGUGGAUUCUUUUGUCACCAAAGAAAACUGUUGUUCAUGAUGAGGUGCUUCGGGUCCUGUAUCUGCAUACCGAUCCUAUAUUGCCUCUUCCCAGGCUGAGAAUGUUAUCAGUGCUUUAUCAUGUUCUUGGUGUUGUUCCUGGUCAUCAGGCAGCUGUUGGAUCAACUCUGAAUGAGUUGUGUUUGGGAUUAAAGCCAGAUGAAGUUGCAUCUGCACUUUAUGGUGUAUAUGCCAAAGAAGUUCAUGUAAGAAUGGCCUGCUUAAAUGCUGUAAAAUGCAUUCCUGCUGUCUCUAGCCGUUGUCUUCCUCAGAAUGUUGAGGUUGCCACAAGUAUAUGGAUUUCGUUGUAUGAUCCAGAGAAGGCAGUUGCUGAAGCUGCUGAAGAUUUAUGGGAUCGCUAUGGAGUUGAUUUCGGAACUGACUAUUCAGGACUUUAUAAAGCACUUUCGCACGUUAACUAUAAUGUCCGGUUGGCUGCAUCAGAAGCACUAGCUGCUGCUUUAGAUGAAUACCCUGAUACUAUUCAGGAAUGUCUUGCAACACUCUUUUCCAUGUACAUACGUGAUGCUGGUUUUGAGGAAGGGCAUGUGGAUGCUGGCUGGUUGGGUAGACAGGGAGUUGCAUUGGCAUUACAUUCGUCUGCAGAUGUAUUGAGAACCAAAGACCUUCCCGUUGUCAUGACAUUUUUGAUUUCACGAGCACUGGCUGAUCCCAAUGGAGAUGUUCGUGGGAGAAUGAUCAAUGCUGGCAUAUUGAUCAUAGACAAACAUGGAAGAGAUAAUGUUUCCUUGUUAUUUCCAAUUUUUGAGAACUAUCUCAAUAAAAAGGCUUCUGAUGAGGAAAUGUACGAUCUUGUCCGUGAAGGUGUAGUUAUUUUUACUGGGGCUUUGGCGAAACAUUUGGCAAAGGAUGACCCUAAAGUCCAUUCGGUUGUUGAGAAGUUGCUUGAUGUGCUCAAUACUCCCUCUGAAGCUGUGCAGAGGGCUGUCUCAUCUUGCUUGUCUCCACUAAUGCCAUCUAAACAGGAAGACGGCCCAGUUCUUGUUUCUGGGCUUCUUGAUCAAAUGAUGAAGAGUGACAAAUAUGGAGAACGUCGUGGAGCGGCGUUCGGACUAGCUGGGGUUGUCAAGGGAUUUGGAAUUUCUUGUCUAAAGAAGUAUGCCAUUGUGUCUGCCUUACGUGAAGGCCUUAUUGACAGGACUUCUGCGAAGCGUCGUGAGGGGGCGCUGCUUGGAUUUGAGUGUCUCUGUGAAAAGCUCGGAAAACUAUUUGAACCCUACGUGAUUCAAAUGCUUCCAUUACUCUUGGUGUCUUUCUCUGAUCAAGUAACCGCUGUUCGUGAUGCUGCGGAGUGUGCUGCUCGUGCAAUGAUGUCGAAUCUUUCUGCUCAGGGGGUCAAGCUUGUUCUCCCUUCUCUGCUAAAGGGUCUUGAAGAUAAGGCUUGGAGAACAAAACAAAGCAGUGUUCAGCUACUUGGUGCAAUGGCAUAUUGUGCUCCUCAACAAUUGUCACAAUGCUUGCCUAAGAUUGUGCCUAAAUUGACAGAGGUGCUGACAGAUACCCAUCCAAAGGUUCAGUCAGCUGGACAGACUGCUCUUCAGCAGGUUGGAAGUGUGAUAAAAAAUCCUGAAAUUGCCUCCCUGGUUGCUACUCUGCUGACGGCUCUUUCUGAUCCCAAUGAUCACACGAGAAUUGCUCUGGACAUACUUCUCCAAACAACUUUCGUGAACACGGUUGACGCUCCUUCACUUGCUCUUCUGGUACCAAUUGUUCAUCGAGGCUUAAGGGAAAGGAGUGCUGAAACUAAAAAGAAAGCUUCCCAAAUUGUUGGUAAUAUGUGCUCUUUAGUGACUGAGCCUAGAGACAUGAUACCCUACAUUGGCUUGCUCCUUCCUGAAGUGAAAAAGGUUCUUGUUGAUCCAAUACCUGAGGUUCGCUCCGUGGCUGCUAGGGCACUUGGCUCCCUUAUUAAGGGACUGGGAGAAGAACAUUUCCCUGACCUUGUUCCAUGGCUUUUGGAGACGCUUAAAUCCGAGGGAAGUAAUGUUGAACGUUCUGGUGCUGCUCAGGGAUUGAGUGAGGUUAUGUCGGCUCUUGGUAUCGCGUACUUUGAGCAUGUUCUUCCUGAUAUUAUAAGGAACUGCUCUCAUCAAAAGGGCAAUGUUCGAGAAGGUUAUCUGACUGUCUUCAAGUUUAUGCCCAGGUCUCUUGGUGUACAAUUCCAGAACUAUUUACAGCAGGUGUUGCCUGCUAUCAUUGAUGGUCUUGCUGAUGAAAAUGAAUCUGUUCGUGAUGCGGCUCUUAGUGCCGGACAUGUUCUUGUUGAGCACUAUGCAAUUACGUCUUUACGUCUUCUACUUCCUGCUGUUGAGGAUGGAAUUUUUAAUGAUAGCUGGCGUAUUAGACAGAGUUCUGUCGAGCUGUUGGGAGACUUGUUAUUUAAGGUUGCUGGAACUUCUGGGAAAGCAUUGCUUGAGGGAGGUAGCGAUGAUGAGGGGGCUAGUACAGAAGCACAGGGACGUGCUAUUAUUGAGGUGCUUGGUAGAGAGAAACGUAACGAAAUUCUUGCUGCCUUGUACAUGGUUCGGACUGAUGUCAGUGUAUCAGUGCGUCAGGCUGCUUUACAUGUAUGGAAGACCAUAGUAGCAAAUACCCCUAGGACACUGAAGGAAAUUAUGCCUGUAUUGAUGGAUACUCUGAUAUCCUCUCUUGCAUCGCCAUCAAAUGAGAGGCGGCAGGUUGCAGGAAGGGCGUUGGGUGACCUUGUUAGGAAGCUUGGUGAAAGGGUGCUUCCUAUGAUUAUACCUAUUCUAUCUGGUGGAUUAAAAGACCCUGAUUCUGGCAGAAGACAAGGUGUUUGCAUUGGUCUGAGUGAGGUGAUGGGGAGUGCUGGCAAGAGUCAGUUGUUAAGUUUUAUGGAUGAACUUAUCCCUACAAUUCGAACUGCUCUUUGUGAUAGUGAACCUGAGGUCCGUGAGUCAGCAGGCAUGGCAUUCAGUACUUUAUACAAGAGUGCUGGGUUGCAAGCUAUUGAUGAGAUUGUUCCUACUCUUCUGCAUGCUUUAGAGGAUGAUGCAACCUCUGACAAUGCAUUAGAUGGUCUUAAACAAAUAUUAAGUGUGAGAACUGCAGCGGUAUUGCCUCAUAUCUUGCCAAAGCUGGUUCAGCUUCCCCUCAGUGAAUUUAAUGCACAUGCUCUUGGAGCUUUGGCGGAGGUUGCUGGGUCUGGUCUUAAUGUACACCUUAAUACUGUUCUUCCUGCCCUGCUGUCAGCAAUGAGUGAUGACAAUGUGGAUGUCAAAGAUUUGGCAAAGAAGGCUGCGGAGACUGUUGUAUUGGUUAUUGACGAUGAAGGAAUUGAUUCUUUGAUAUCAGAGCUUAUUCAAGGUUCUGGUGAUAGUAAGGUUUCAAUUAGGAGAAGUGCUUCAUACCUUAUUGGCCAUCUUUUCGAGAACAGCAAGCUCUAUUUGGAUGAUGAAGCUCCCAGUGUUAUAUCUACCUUGAUUAUUCUGCUCAGUGAUUCUGAUCACGACACUGUUGUGACUGCAUGGGAGGCUUUGUCAAGGGUUGUAAGUUCAAUCCCAAAAGAAGUACUUCCCAGUCACAUAAAGCUGGUUCGUGAUGCUGUAUCCACAGCUAGAGAUAAAGAAAGAAGAAAGAAGAAGGGAGGACCGGUACUGGUACCAGGAUUUUGUCUUCCAAAAGCGCUGCAACCGGUGCUUCCUAUCUUUCUGCAGGGUUUAAUAAGUGGAUCAGCAGAACUGAGGGAACAAGCAGCCUUAGGUCUUGGAGAAUUGAUUGAUGUUACUAGUGAACAAGCGCUGAAGGCAUUUGUUAUACCAAUAACGGGGCCCCUAAUUCGUAUCAUUGGUGACCGAUUCCCAUGGCAAGUUAAAAGUGCCAUUUUGUCAACUUUGACUAUCAUAAUUAAGAAGGGUGGCAUGGCCCUGAAACCUUUUCUUCCCCAGUUGCAAACAACGUUCAUCAAAUGUCUACAGGACAACACCCGGACUGUUCGUUCAAGUGCAGCAUUGGCUCUAGGGAAACUAAGUGCACUCAGCAGUAGGGUUGAUCCCUUAGUUAGCGAUCUUUUAAUUAGUUUACAGGCAUCUGAUGGAGGCGUAAGAGAAGCAGUUUUAAUUGCUCUCAGAGGUGUAGUAAAGCAUGCGGGGAAGAGUUUAAGCGCUGCUGUUAAAACUCGUGUCUGUGACCUGUUAAAAAGUUUUAUUGAUCUUGAAGAUGAUCAAGUUCGUGUAUUUUCUGCUAUCAUCAUUGGAAUCACAUCCAAGUACAUCGAGGACAGUGAGCUUGCAGAUCUACUCAAAGAACUUUUAGAUUUAGCUUUUUCUUCCAGCUGGACUGCCAGACAUGGUUCAGUUCUCACUGUCUCAUCCAUUCUUCGGCACUGCCCAUCGGGAGUUUGUCUAUCAUCUUGGUCAUCAUCCAUUAUAUCUAUGCUGAAAGACAAGUUAAAGGAUGAAAAGUUCCCAGUUCGUGAAAGUUCUACCAAAGCACUAGGACGAUAUCUGAUUUAUCAAAUUCAAAGUGAUCCAUCGAGUAGUUCCUUGCAUGCUCAAACUGUGUCCUCCAUAGUUUCUGCGCUGCAAGAUGAAUCCAGUGAAGUUAGACGGAGGGCAUUAUCUGCCCUGAAGGCUGCUGCAAAGGCAAAUCCUACUGCCAUUAUGGCCCAUAUGUCGAUUUUUGGUCCUGUGUUGGCCGAACGUCUGAAGGAUGGAAGUACACCAGUGAAGCUUGCUGCAGAACGGUGCGCGGUGCAUGCUUUCCAAUUGACUAAAGGACCAGAAAAUGUUCAGGCAGCCCAAAAAUACAUCACUGGCUUGGAUGCAAGGCGACUUGCUAAAUAUCCCGAAGACAGCGAUGGUGAUGAAGAUAGUGAAGAUGACAAUACAAGUGGCUGAAAAUUUUACUACUAGGUUGAUUCAUUUGUCCGAUUGCUGAAAGUUUUGAGCCGAGGAUUGGUGGAGCUGCAGUAACAGGAUGCUCUUGAAUUUUUUUUUUUGCAGCAUAGGCUGUAUAUCAUGAUCCCUUUUUGGCACACACACUAAUAUAAACACCAUAUACACACUUGGAAAACACUUUUUUACAGGGGGGUUCCUUCCGUAACUGUAGAUAGAAUGUGUAGAAGUAAUUUUGGUCUCUUGGAUGCCUCCCAAAAAGUUGCUUUAUGUUGUAUUCCUUUUUGUCAUAUAGAAAUCAAAAGUAGAGAAAUGAGCCUUUUUGAAAUA